AUGGCAGAGGUCACGGUUCUAUCUAUGGUCAUCAUGUGCCUCCAACUUGUUGUCAGAAUCUUUACGACCUUGGAACAAGCUUAUGAUUUCUCGCAAGAGUUUAAAAGCAUACCUGGGGCCAUCCGGAACCUUAUUCUUGACGUCCAAGCUGCACAAGGAUACCUUCAAAACAUACAACUCAGAGUACAGAGGAAUACUCUCACCGAAAAUAGCCAUAACCAAGACAACCAUACCCUAGUUAAUAACUUCGAGGGAGCGCAGCUCUCUUUGCAGAUAAUUAGCGCUUUUGCCACCAAGCAUGCCGCCAGCAUACAGUCCUGGAAGCUCCCCCGUUACCUGAUCUACAUGAUACAGCAUGCGGAGAUCAUGAAGUAUCGGGAUGAGCUCAGGAAUCGCUUGGUCUACCUCAGGAUGCUUCAAGAUAGCAGAUUCAAUGCACCAAGUGAUGAUAACACCAGCAGCAAUCGGACCUCAUCUGAUCCAGGGUCUCUGCCUCCGCAAGCCAGUGCUAUCGGCAACAAUAGGCUCAUCGGUGAACUCCCACUUCCCCCACUUCUCCCAUGUCCACAUCCGUCCAAGUAUUCCCGCUGGGCUUCAAGGGAUGUUUCCCGCAAGCUUGUAGAGAAUGCGAGACGUGGGGGCGUCGAAGAGACCCGAAGGCUCCUCGCAGCCGGCGCCGAUGUCGAUUAUCAGUCGCGUGCCGCGGAGCCUAAGCUGGAGGGGAAAACAGCAUUGCACAAAGCUGCGGAAAUGGGGCACACGGCCCUGGUCCGGGAACUGCUUCGUAGCGGUGCAAAACCCAAUCUGCGCACCACGGGCCCGUCAAACGACACGGCGCUGCACCUGGCGGCCAAAAACGGCCACAUUGCGGUCCUUCAGCAGCUUCUGAAUAUCAACACAGUUGAAGUUGAUGCGAAUGAUGGGGAGGGAUUUUCGCCGUUGCAGAGGUGCGAAGACCAAGCCGCCAUGGGUACGCUUCUAAAGGCUGGGGCGGACCCGACGCGAAAGCUGGCGAGUUCCAACAAUACGGUGCUGCAUUGGGCGGCCAGCAUGGGUCAGCUCCGACUUGUGCGACAGGUACUGGCCCUGGAAGGCAUUGAAAUCGACGACGAGAACGCAGAGGGCCUAACACCACUGCUCAAGUCCAAGAGCGAGCGUAUCCUAAUCGCGAUCGUCGAGGCCGGUGCGGACCCGAUGCGCCAGUUUCCGGGGUCCCGCGAUACGGUUCUGCACCACGCUGCAGCCUCCGGCUGGACCAAUGCCGUGCGUCAGCUCGCGGGGAUGAAUGCAGUUGAUGUGCAGGCGAGGAACAAGUUCGGGUUCACACCGCUAGAGAUGGCGACGCUCGCUCGCAACAGGGGAGAGUACGGUCCUCACAUAUUCGAGGAUAUCGCCGAGGCACUGAACCAGGGUGGGGUCUAUGCUUAGAGCUGAAGAUGGGAAUAGCACUGGCAGAAACCAUCAGGGCAAUGGCAUGGCUUGGUUUAGGACGAUACAAGCCCACUCGUUUGUCCUGACAGGAUUGCGGCCAGAUAAUGUAUGCGGACGAGCAACUUACCAAUGGCUUCCAUAUUUUUUCUUCUUUUUUUUCUUUUCGUUAACUCUUCUUCUUUAUUCUUUCUUCUUGGAUUGAUUUGGCGCGGUGUUCAAAAGGUCCGUAGGGCUAUUGCAGAAAAUAGGGUUAAGGAAUUGACUUUAUGGAAU